AUGCGCCUACGCAAUAAUCACCUUUCAACCGGCUCUAACGCGCAGAAAACGGCGAGAUCUCCAUGGGCAUUGUGGUACCAUGUGCAACAUUGCACCCCGUAUUUCUGCAUUGCCGUUCCCCGCAACACGCUUUUCAAGCCGUGCGAGUUGUGGGUCCAUCUUUACCUACACUCACGUUUUCCAUCAAGGCGGAAGGCGUUCUUUGAGGGAACCAGCCCCAUCCAGCUGGAAAUUUCUGUACCCACAGGAGAUCUCACUUCUUGUAAGUUGUGGGUGAAUGGAGGUACGAAAAGCGGCCCUCAUUCCACACUUUGA